AGGUAUCGGCAAGAUGAGGAUUCAUUAGCAACUCGCAGUAAAAGCCCGCACUGGCUCAGCCCAGGAUCCCCAGGACCCCGGUGACUGGAGCCGAGUUGUAUCUGCUUUCAGACCACUUCACAGCGACGUGGUUUGCUCACGUGACUCGGAGUCACUUAGCGUGAAGAUCGGCUGAAGAUUCCUAUGUAAAUAGCCAUUCCUUUAAGCACUGUCAGCUCGAGUGCUUUUAUUGAGACUUUUUUCUCUUUUUUUGGUUGCUGCUGUCAUAAUUGUGGGAACAUGAGUUCUUCAUCAAGCGGUGGGAGGCAGCCUGCAGUCGGGUCUCACUACUGCUGCAUUAGCGCUCACUAGGAGGUGUGAUCAGAUCUCUCAGAUGCCCACUUCUUUGUGGAAUCCAAAAUUUCCCUUUGACUACCUAGUGGGAUCCUUCAGAGGAUGAAGUUGCUGAGUUUUUUUCCUGUGGCAUUUCCACACAGUGUUGUCACUAGAUCCUGCGGUAUGCUUUGAUCGGGAGGUAGUCCGGUUUGUUUGAUCGGGAGGUGAUCAAUUCAUUGUCUUCGAUCGGGAGGUGGAAUUCAUUGUCUGCCACUGUGAGCCUAUAGUCCACAGCAUUUUCAUUUAUUUGGAUAGUUUGCUCAUUUUUUGAAGAGGCAGCAUAUAUGGCAAAACUUCUUUUAAGAGACUCUUUGUUGUUAUUUCACCCUGUGUUAUUUAGCUUUUUACUUUUCAUUGUAGUGUGUGCCGGAAGAAAGUGCAUUUUCACUGUUCUUGAAUAUGCAUUUAACUCUUCAGUUUUAAAAUGCGACUGAUAUUACACACAAUCACUUGAAGCAUUCGUGACAGUUCUAGCCAUCUGUAUGAAGAUGGCAGACUGUGGAGAAAAAGGAACUGUAAAAUAGGCUGAAAAAGCCUCAACUGAGCGGUGCCUUCUUUGUAACACAGCACUUAUACACGGGCGGCGAAGAGGGAAGGGCUUCUUAUGACAGCGUUGUCAGUGCUGAAUAGAUGAAUGAAUGAAUUCUUGCAUGUUCAGAACUCGCAGCACGUGUUCCCGACCCUUCAGCGCAUAAAAGAGUAGCAAGAUCCUCGGCACCGAACUAAGGCGCUGAAGAAGGAAUGCGCCGUGCCUGCCACGUUUGAGAGAGAGCGAGAGAGAGAGAGGCAGCGUGGUUCCCGGGUAGAAGAAACAAAAGAACGUGCUCCAGGAUCUGAAGAAUCUGACAUUUGCUUUGCCGUACAAAGGAUAAGGACAUCUUCAUGUUUGACACCUCUCGUUUUAUCAGUGGAUGUGUUUUUUAAAUUGAAUAAUACGGGGGCUGGGGGGGGGGGUGUAGUACAGUGGUUUUUAAGCAAAGUGCAACAGUGUGCGUUUGAAAAGGGAAUGUGACCUGGAUUUUAUGAGCUUAUUGCAAACACUAGCUGAAGGCAGCUGUGGUAGUUUACUUAGCCUUUUUAACAGAUCAAGUAAAUUGAAGGAAAGCCAAGACAUGAAAAGAAAAUCUGCAUUAAUUUCCUCCUUUUUUUCCUUCUGUUAAGACUUGGAUGUAUGAUGCAGUUUUACCUGCAAACAAAUGCGUGGGGAGAAAAAACAUCUAAACUUGAAGCAGAUCUUUUUUCCCCAAUCUUUCCGGCUUUUGAAAUGUGACUUAAAAGUGCCAAAAGGAGGCAGGCAGAAAUACAUACAGCUCAUCAGACGCAGUGGCUGCAGUGCUUUAGGAGAGGCAAAUGCGAGAUCAUGUCCUAUUUUUAGAGACUGAGAGAAAACCUUGGAAAUAAUGGGCUUCUUUGCAAGUUUGACAGAGGAGCACUAGCCAAAAGCAAGUCAUCGGCAGAAGGAGCUGGUAGCUGGGAACAGCUGAGGGUCCAAAUAUGGAUGAUUCAAGCAUUCUGCGAAGGAGAGGGUUACAGAAGGAACUCAGUCUCCCAAGAAGAGGAAGCUUCUGUCGCACAAGCAACAGGAAGAGUCUGAUUGUAACGUCCAGCACCUCUCCAACGCUGCCGCGACCCCACUCCCCUCUCCAUGGGCACACAGGUAGCAGCCCGUUGGACAGUCCCAGGAAUUUCUCUCCAAAUGCACCUGCUCAUUUUUCCUUUGUGCCGGCUCGCAGCCAUGGACACAGAGCAGACAGAACGGACGGGCGUCGCUGGUCCCUGGCCUCCCUGCCUUCAUCGGGGUACGGGACAAACACCCCCAGCUCAACCGUCUCCUCAUCAUGCUCAUCCCAGGAGAAGCUGCACCAGCUGCCCUUUCAGCCAACGGCCGAUGAGCUUCAUUUCCUGACAAAGCAUUUCAGCACCGAGAGCAUCACUGACGAGGAAGGGCGUCACUCCCCAGCCAUGAGGCCCCGAUCCCGCAGUCUCAGCCCUGGUCGCUCUCCGAUUUCCUUUGACAGUGAAAUAAUAAUGAUGAAUCAUGUGUACAAAGAAAGGUUUCCAAAGGCCACGGCACAGAUGGAGGAACGGCUGGCUGAGUUUAUUGCUUCUAAUGCUCCUGAGAAUGUGCUGCAAUUAGCAGAUGGGGUCUUAAGCUUCAUUCAUCAUCAAGUCAUUGAGCUAGCCAGAGACUGCCUGGAUAAAUCACGUGACGGACUUAUUACUUCCCGGUACUUUUAUGAACUUCAGGAAAACUUAGAGAAACUCCUACAGGAUGCCCACGAGCGCUCGGAGAGCUCAGAGGUCGCUUUUGUUACCCAGCUUGUGAAAAAGCUGAUGAUCAUCAUCGCGCGACCAGCUCGACUGCUCGAGUGCCUGGAGUUUGACCCUGAAGAGUUCUAUCAUCUGUUGGAAGCUGCUGAAGGCCAUGCCAAGGAAGGGCAAGGAAUUAAGUGCGACAUCCCCCGUUACAUUAUCAGCCAGCUGGGCCUUACCCGGGAUCCCCUGGAGGAAAUGGCCCAGCUGAAUAGCUAUGAUAGUCCAGAUACUCCGGAGACAGACGAUUCGGUUGAGAGCCGUGGGGCCUCUGUGCAGUCAAAGAAAACUCCCUCUGAAGAGGAGUUUGAAACUAUUAAACUAAUCAGCAAUGGAGCUUAUGGCGCGGUGUAUCUGGUGCGGCACAAAACCACCCGCCAGCGCUUUGCCAUGAAGAAGAUCAACAAGCAGAACCUCAUUUUGAGAAACCAGAUCCAGCAGGCCUUUGUGGAGAGAGACAUCCUGACCUUUGCCGAGAACCCCUUCGUAGUCGGCAUGUUCUGCUCCUUCGAGACCAAGCGUCACCUCUGCAUGGUUAUGGAGUAUGUGGAAGGAGGCGAUUGUGCUACGCUCCUGAAGAAUAUUGGAGCCCUUCCUGUUGAUAUGGCCCGGAUGUAUUUUGCUGAGACCGUGCUGGCCUUGGAGUAUCUGCAUAACUAUGGAAUUGUUCACCGUGACCUGAAACCUGACAAUCUUCUGAUAACAUCCAUGGGUCACAUUAAACUAACAGAUUUUGGACUUUCUAAAAUUGGGCUAAUGAGUCUCACGACUAACCUGUAUGAGGGACACAUUGAAAAAGAUGCCAGAGAGUUCCUGGAUAAGCAGGUGUGUGGGACUCCAGAAUACAUUGCCCCAGAAGUGAUCUUGCGACAGGGUUAUGGAAAGCCUGUGGAUUGGUGGGCCAUGGGGAUUAUCCUCUACGAGUUUUUAGUUGGCUGCGUCCCUUUCUUUGGUGAUACACCAGAAGAGCUGUUUGGACAAGUGAUCAGUGAUGAAAUUGCUUGGCCGGAUGGGGAUGAAGCAUUGCCACCAGAUGCACAGGACCUCAUUUCCAAACUUCUUUGCCAAAACCCCCUGGAGAGAAUGGGAACAGGUAGUGCCUUGGAAGUGAAACAGCACCGGUUCUUUAAGGAUCUGGACUGGAAUGGAUUACUUCGGCAGAAAGCAGAGUUCAUUCCCCAGCUGGAAUCUGAGGAUGACACCAGUUACUUUGACACCCGCUCGGACCGGUACCACCACCUCGACUCAGAAGACGAGGAAGACACAAAUGAUGAUGAUCAUGUGGAAAUUCGGCAGUUUUCCUCUUGCUCACCGAGGUUCAGUAAGGUGUAUAGCAGCAUGGAACGUCUUUCCAUCCACGAGGAGAGGAAAACUCCACCUCCUACUAAGCGGAGCCUGAGUGAGGAAAAAGACGACCGACUAGACAGUCUCAGCGGCCUGAAAAGUCGGGACCGCAGCUGGGUGAUUGGAUCUCCUGAAAUACUGCGUAAGCGCCUGUCCGUGUCCGAGUCUUCACACACAGAAAGCGACUCCAGUCCACCUCUUACAGUUCGUCGACGCUGCUCAGGACUUCUUGACAUGCCCCGAUUUGCCAUCUCGGCCGAGGAAGAUGGAAGUGCCUCCAAAAAGCAACAGUCAGAUGCAGUGUUGCUGUCUACGGUCCAGUCCCGUGAGGGGCACCCGCUGCCAAUCCCCGAGCAACCCGUGGAGCAGGAGCUGCAGCUGGACGGGGACCCUGGACCAACGACAACACUCUCAUCAGCUGUCAGCAGCAACAGCAGCUCAACAUUGACAGCUGGGAGCACUGCAGAUACCUCUGAUCAGCACUCUCGUGGCAACAGCAACGAGGGCCCGGAUUUCACCACUCCAAAAGCCAUCAGCGACUUGGCAGUACGGCGGGCGCGGCAUCGGCUGCUCUCGGGGGAAUCAGGGGAGAAACGUGCCUCCAAACCUGUCAACAAAGUGAUUAAAUCAGCAUCAGCUACUGCCCUCUCCCUCCUGAUUCCUUCUGGAGCAAUUCUAGCUUUGUGCCUUCUCGUCCCCGAUGCAGAGAGUCUAGGUCUUGCUGUAGGUUUCAGGACCUUUUCUGUUCCUGCCAACUUGAAGAAUAGCACAUCCCAAGAAUUUACAGGGAGGCCUUCAGAGCCAGGUUGCCUGCCCAGCAGAAUAUGCUUUCCUGUCUCAAUGAGAGCUCUGGAGACAGAUCACCACACUUGUUCCCCAUUGGCCAGCCCAAUGUCACCUCAUUCUCUGUCCUCGAACCCGUCUUCGAGGGACUCUUCACCAAGCCGAGACUUUUCUCCUGCCAUUGCAAACCCGAAGCCACCAAUCAUCAUCCAUCGGGCUGGGAAAAAAUACGGCUUCACUCUGCGCGCUAUUCGCGUCUACAUGGGAGACAGCGACGUCUACACUGUGCACCACAUGGUCUGGCAUGUGGAAGAAGGAGGCCCGGCCAGCGAAGCCGGUCUGCGGGAAGGUGAUCUGAUAACUCACGUCAACGGGGAGCCUGUCAACGGCCUAGUGCACACGGAAGUGGUGGAGCUGAUCCUGAAGAGCGGAAACAAGGUGUCUAUCUCUACCACCCCCUUUGAGAACACAUCCAUCAAAGUCGGGCCAGCUCGAAAGGCCAGCUACAAAUCCAAAAUGGCGCGUAGGAACAAGAAGAGCAAAACCAAAGAAGGGCAGGAAAGCAAGAAGAAGAGUUCGUUGUUCAGGAAGAUCACGAAGCAGGCUUCGCUGCUGCACACCAGCCGCAGUUUAUCUUCACUCAACCGCUCCCUGUCUUCCGGAGAAAGUGUUCCUGGUUCUCCGACUCAUAACCUGUCUCCUCGGUCACCCACGCAGAGCUACAGAUCUACUCCAGAGUCUGUUCAUUCAGUUGGUGGAAAUUCUUCCCAGAGCAGCUCUCCUGGCUCCAGUGUCCCCAACUCUCCAGCCAGCUCCGGGCACAUCCGGCCUAGUUCUCUGCACGGGCUAGCACCGAAGCUUCAGCGACAGUACAGAUCGCCAAGGCGUAAAUCGGCAGGAAAUAUCCCCCUCUCGCCACUGGCUCACACUCCGUCACCGACCCCGCAGUCCACAUCGCCUCAGCGCUCUCCUUCUCCUUUGCCUGGGCAUUCAGUUGGCAGCUCCAGUAUUAUUCAGUCCUUUCCUGUAAAGCUACACUCCUCCCCACCACUGGUGAGGCAGAUUUCCAGACCCAAAAGUGCCGAGCCUCCCCGUUCUCCUCUCCUGAAGAGAGUCCAGUCCGCUGAGAAGCUUGCUGCUUCCUUGUCCUCCUCUGAAAAGAAGCUGGCUUCCUCUCGCAAGCACAGCUUAGAUAUCUCCCACUCUGAAUUUAAGAAGGAGAUGCUGCAGCGCGAUCCCAGCCUCCAGAGUUUACAGGAAUCGAUGAAUGAAACAACAGGAGGCAAAGUGGGGCUCGCAGAGAAAGGCAUGUUGCAAAAGCCAACUUCCAGGAAGCUGGGUGCUAUUCGACAAGACAGGGCGGAGAGAAGAGAGUCUCUUCAAAAGCAGGAGGCCAUUAGGGAAGUCGAUUCUUCCGAGGAUGAAACUGAUGAUGGUUCGGAGGACAGCCAAGAUGGGAGAAGGUUGGAUAGGCCUCCCGGCAGCGACAAUCAGGGCUCCGAUUCUUUUAAUGAUGAUAAGUUUCCUUCUAAAUUGGAAAGCAAAGAUAGUAUUGAGGAUGAUGCUUUUCUGCCCGAGGAUCCAAAAGGUGCAGAGGACUCGCAGAGCGUAAUCGGUCAGCAGCCCCCAGCUGCCUCGGAGAUGCUGCAGAGCGGUCACCAGUCACCGCCUGAGAGUCUCUCAGGGACUUCUCCAGGAAAACCUAGCAGCAUCGAGAAGCCACUGCGAGCGCCAGGAGCAGCAGCAAAAGAGUAUGAGUUGGCAGACAGCAAAGCUCUUGAGCCUGGCAGCCAAGGAGAUGCCUCUUAUGAGGGAAUCAAAGACUCUGGGAAAACUGUGAGUGUUCAGAAAAGUCCAGAUCGCACAGAAUAUACCACAUGCCCAUCCGCAAAACUCCUUCAGUUGGAACAAGGCAACUCUUCGGGUGCCUCCUGCAGUAACGACGGCCUGAAGGAGUGUCUUCUGACAGAAGUGAGUCCAAAAAAGCAAGAUUUGAAACCUUCAUUAGCACUUUCUCCUUGUUGCACAACGGGUAUAACCUCUCCUCUCUUGCUAAGCCAAAUGGACUGCAAAGAGAAAAGUCCUAAGCAGGAACUUCACCCUGUAGAGCAAAGCAACAGGCUUCAGCGCCUGGAAAAUAUCAGCGAACCCACCUGCAAAAGCCCCAGCGCUGAAAAGCAGCAAAGCUCAUCCCAUGUAGAGAGCACUCCGAAAAGCAAGAACCCACCGGCAAUGAGUUCAGCGAGUCCAAGUAGUUCAGCAAGUGCUGCACCUUCAACUCCCCACAUCCCAAGUGCCGGCAAAAAAGCUCUGCCGAUGUCUCAGUUGAUCCCUGUAGCUCAAAGUGUGUUGGGUCCAGUAAAGCUCAGCCUGUCUGGUACAAGGGAGCUGGAGAAGAGAAAGGAGCUUUCCCAGGUGGACCUGUCUUGUAAGGGGGAGAAAGAGCCAAAACAGAGGCGGCAGGAAACCCUCCAGGGGAGCCCAUGUCAAGAGAAAGCCCAGCCUGCCACGGACAGCCUUCCUCGCACGUGCAGGCACUGCACGCAGCCCGCCAAGCCGGCAAAGCCUUGGGAGCCAGAGUGUCUGCCACCCGCGAGGAAGGAGCCCAGCGUGGGCAGCCGUAAGACGCCGGAGGCCUCGGGGGACACCUGGAAAAUGUCUCCAUUGAAGGAUCUGCCACAUGCUCCCGGAAAACAGGUUCUUCGGGCCUCCCCUUUACCAGAUGGCAGCGCCAAGCCUUGCCAAGAGGAGACUCUGCUGCAGGGGAGCCGCAAAGAGGCUGGAGGUCAAUUAAAACCACAAGACUUCCCCUUGUCUCGCGACGGUGCUGUCAGGAAAACAUAGCAGCAUUCCUCGGCUCCGGGGACUCGAGCGUUCUCCGCUGGGAAACCGAGACUGUGUGUCUGAAAUUGUAUGAUACACUAAUAUAAAAUAGAACUUGUGUACAUCUAUUUUUUGGGGAGGGGUUUUUUCAUACUGCUUUUUUGCCCUUUUCUUCAUCCUUGCUCUUCUAUUUUUGUACACAGUGUGCUUGCCAUUUGAGGUCUCUUUGGAACAGGGUAUCUCUGAAGCGGGGGCUCGGAGGGAGGUUGCAGAUUGCUUUCCUUGCUUGUCCUGAGCUGAAGGCACGCUGUGUAUUUAUUUCCCUCUAGUUUUGGAGUUUAUUUCCAAUCCCAAAGAAUUGUGUGUGCGGGAAAAAAAAAAAAAAAAGGCAGCUCACUUAAACACCUCUGUUUUUCAGCCGUGGCUUUCAAAUGUCAUUGUUUCUCCAAUUCCUUGUUUCAGGGCAACUGAAAGAACAGCGACCUUGUUUCAUCAGUUAUCCUGGCAGCGAAAGCCCUCUUAAGUGCAACCCAGACCCCCCUCUCUUUCUUUGCCCCUCUACGUAUCCAGCUGUCUCGGACAUAUCCUAGAGUCCGUUGCUUCUCCGUUCUCAGGCUGGGGUGGGGAAACAUUCCUAUAUUUGUCAAACCCUUAGUUUUUUAAAACCCGUUUCUCAAGUCACCACUGAAACAAGCCUCCAGUCCGUAGCACGCUUUGUUGUGUUGGUUUGCUUUUCUUCCUGCGUUACAGAACGCACGGGGACCCUUUCUUUUAGCUUUUAAAAUUUUAAAUGCCUUUUUUUCCUCCCUUUGCCUCCCUUCUUCUCGUUGGACCAUCGUCAGAACAGAGCAUGCCCGCAGGAAAGGGUGCGAUACGGUCAUUUUAAAGGAACCUCUUAAAUUGUAGCACUCUUGGGCACGACCUGGGUAAUGUUAAAUCCAUGUCAAGCGGGUAUAGGAAGCGGAUCCCUCUUACAGUGGAUCUAAAUAAGUUGUCGAGGGAGUUUAGGUGUGCUGACGAGAACCGACAAACCCCACCCAGCUUUCUGUCCUCUGCUGCCUUGGGAAGCGCUGGGAAGAGCCCCGAGUUCUUGAAUUAUACGGGCGAGCUGCAGACCUCAAAACGACACACGUGGUAUUUCAGCAUCUCAGCUUUCAUAGCCAGAGCAUUUCUACCGCUUAAUUUACUUGAUUCCAGUAGGAAUUGUGAUGAUCUCCUGGGUUCCAGCAUUUCUUGGCUUUAAGUGUAACCAACUCUGGCUAACGAUCUCUUUGAGAGACUCAGAUCAGCAACAAUAGCAGGCUGAUAAAUAGGUAGUAUAAUUAGGGCUAUGGCACAGUAAGCCAUUUCCUUAUUUCAGCCAAUUAAAACUUACUGUCAAAGAGUGCCACUGUCGUCAUAUAUCUCCAAACGCUCUUGGCUUUUACCCCAACCUUGUCUUGGUGUAUCUGCAUGUAGAUCAUCUGUAUCUCCUAGUCAGCCAGCUCACGGAUCUACUUGGAUAGGAAAACUCCUGAACGACGGCUGUCCUUGUAACAGUACUCCAGGCUAAACUUUGCAUCUGUUGGUCCAAUUUCAUUAUACCGCGUUUUCCAUGAUAAAAAUCUCUUCUGCACUUUGAGUUUCAACUUGUUUUCCCUAAAUGCAAGUGUAUGUUUUAUAUAGGAAGCAUUCUUCCCAUCUCGCUUUCUCAACCUGGUUUUAAUUUAUGAUCCAUAGCUUUCAAGACCCCAUUGGAUUUCUCGACCUAUAUUUUUCCCUGUGAACCCCGCCUCCCCCUCCCCCCUCUUUUUUUUGGAUGUUUGGAUUUCAUUUCUGGACCAACUUUUUUUUUGUUUGUUUUAGGAUGGUUUUUUAUUUUUACAUUCAAGUUACUGUUUACUUCGUAUAUCUGUGUGAAUGCAUGUGUUUACGGUGGUGCUGUGAAUGCACUAAUAGAAGCCUCCACGCUCCAAAAACCAGUGAACUGUUCCAGCAGCGACCUGUUAUUACCACUCUCUCUUUGAUCCCUCCACUGGGAUCCAUAAGGUAGUUGAAUGCAGAUGGAUUCGUAAUUAUAAAUCAUUACUUUCCUGCCACCCAGUUGGGGGUCCCGUUCCUCCACCCCCAUCAGAGCGCUCUUCUCCUGAUGGCGGUCUCAUCCUGAGCUGGGUGCGGAGAGUCGUGAGCGCGGAGGGCUGCCUGCGAGGACCUGGGAACGCCACCGGUUUGCUCCUGAACGGGUUGAUCCACUAAACAUUUCCGAAACACGGUACGACUGACAGUACGAAACCAAACCAAGUCUGCCUGGUGCAAAGCACUUCUCCCUGAGAAAUGCAAGCUAGUUCUGGAGAGCCUGCUCCAUGUCAUGGGGUCUAAGGUACGAACCCAUGUCGGGGCAUAGCCCCUGCAACGUCCGACUUGGGUCUCAGCGCGAUAGGCAAAGCAGUGCACCCCUCGACAUCAGACAAAGGUAAUUCACCCUGCAGAUGUAACCCCAGCGGUCUGUAUCGCUGCGUAAAACAAGCCAUGAUUGUGGGGGGUUCGGCUGCAGCCUCGCCUCUUCUUUCGAGCACAGGUGAUUCAGCUUGCGCUGAAAAGAAAAUUGCCUGCCUGCUUUUUAAUGCACGUGCACUCAUUAAUUGGGGAGGCAGCUAAUGAUCCAUGGAAGUAAUGAAGUACAGUUUAUUUUGAGCGCACAGGCAGCGCCGCGUCCAGGAGAUCUGCCAGGGUGAGCCUCGCGAGGGAGGAAGGUGCGACUAGGCCAGAGGGCUGGGGCCAGGGUCACGUCUCUGGGAGGCGGCGAGGGGAGCUCCCCGGAGGGACCCAGGCACCCAGUGACCGCUCGGAGAGCACCAGGUCCGUUAGCCACAUACUCCCUGCUCUUUGAACUUAACCCUUGGUGCAGCGGUUGUCAUCGUGUGGCUGCCGAAACGCGUUGCGUAGGCACCGAGGAAGAGUGUGAAGAGGCCCUGACGUGCUGCUGCUUUUGCACGAUGGCGCCAGAGGUAUUUUUGCAACUAAUUCAGCUAAAGACAGCACAGGACAAAUAUUUAGCCACUCAGUUUCUGUACCAACGUGAAACAAUAGGUGCAAUAUUAGACAUCCGCCUUCGCAAGCCCAAACAGGCUGGCGUUACUAGGAACAUGUCCGUUAACAGGGAAGCCCCAACAUCUGUAUUUCUGGGCAACAUCAUCGCUUUUCCCGAGACGCCAGGUGCACAGCCCCCACUCCGUACACUCAUUUAAAUUUGGCACAUUAUAGCUGAGCUUUUGAGCAAAAGUUUCCAUGGAAAAUUGCAACAAUGCCCCAGAUCUGUGCCAAGAUUCACUGCUUGCUUUGCUGGAAGGUAAAAGCAAAAACUCUACGUAGUCUUCUCUGCUAAUCUCAGAGCCGUGGGAGAGGUGAGGUGUUAGAAACGGUUGCGUUUGCACGUUGCGUGCGCACGCGCGCGUUAGCACGGCGUUUCGGAGAAGUUAGGAGCCAUUCUCCUCGUACAGAACAACCCGCAGACGAGAGUCCGACCGUCACGGUGAGCCCAGGCCCGGAUCAGUGCGAGGCAGCGAGCGUGCCUGUGUGCGCGUGUGAGAUGCACGUAGCCGUCUCAGCACAUCGCUCGCUUUUUAUUUUGGGUGAUUUGGGUGUGAGUUUUUUCUUCGGCUCGUUUUGGGUUGGGAGUUUGACCUUUGCAGUCCUCCUUCAUUCGUGUACACAGCCAAUGCAUUCCUGCACCGUGCUCCAUUUCAGUGUUAUUUUUCCCCCUUCUCGACUUGUCGCAUCCAAGGCACCUGAAUGGUAUUUAUUGUAAAUAGCAGACUCGUAGCCGUGUCGCUGCCACUCCUGGGGUUGCGUGUUGGGGGACGGCUGCGUGUUGGGGGACGGGCGAGUGGAGCGACCCGUGGUCUUCGUAGCCACGCUGCGUUCGAGUGUGAUAUGGAUUUUUUUUUUCUUCCUGCGAGAGGAGGAUAACGUCUUUCUCUGGUUUUCUCUUACUGGACGUGAAGGAUAAUGCUGUACUUCUAGUAGAAGAUUUCGACAGACGUGUGUGUUUUACGUUGUGUUCGGUUCUCAUACCCAGGCAGCUGGGAGAGCGGCUUUGAAGCCGGGCUCUGUCAAGCUGCGUCACUCAGCACUUGGCUAGAGAAGAGAGAAGUGUGGGAUUUAAGUGUUUUUAGAAACUUGAACAAUUGCCACAUAAGAGCGGUGCAAUAAUUUUUAUUCCUGUUGUGCCUGCAUGUUGAUGUUAAAAUCCUCCCAAAUAAAUUUUUUUUUUUUUACAUAA